AUGGCGCACAACCAACCGACAUACGACUUCAUCCACGGCGGCGCAGCCUCCCCUCCUCGCCAAUCCCACCGAGAAACCUUCAAGCAAUCCACCGUCAAACCCGACAUCAACAACGAAAACCUCCGCGCCCAACUCCACACCCUGCAAUACGAGCUCGACUCCCUCAAACAAGAGCGCGAGCUCACCGCCCUCCAACAAGCGCAAGAAAUCCGCGACGCGCAAAAUCGCGCAGAAGCAGACUUCAAGCGCGCACAAGCGGCCGAAACAGCCAAGAAUGCCGCGACGAAGAAAGCAGACACGUUGGCGCGGGACUGGCAGGACAUGCAGGAUCGAGCGGCGAACGAGAAAGCUGCUUUGGAGAAGAAGCUGAGGGGCGUGCAGGACGAUAAUAGGAGUUUGAGGGAGGAGCUGGAGGAUGCGCAGGCGGAGCUGUUGUCGCGGGAUCGGGAGAGCAAGCAUGCUUUCAACGAGCUGGAGCAGAAGCAUGCGACGUUGCAGGGGUCGGUGGAGGGGAUGAAGCAGGAUCUGGAGAGUAGAGUGAAUGCGCUGCAGAGUACGCAGCAGAAGCUUGUGCAGAAGGAGGCGGAGGCUGGAGAGUUGGAGAAUGAGGUGAUGAAGUUGAGGGCGCAGACCGGGGAUAGUGAUACGCUUGCUGUGGUGAAGAAGGAGUUGAGCGAGCAGGUGGCUUAUAUCAAGAAGUUGGAGGUUGGGAAUCGGGAGCAAGUGGCGGAGUUGAAGCAGUUUCGCCGGAAUCAGAAGAGUAUUGAGGUUGUGGAGGAGGAGAAGCAUGCAUUGCAGGCGAAACUAAGGAUCAUGGAUGAUUUGAGGCGGGAGUUGUCGGAGGCGCAGCUGCAGAAGAGGAUUCUGGAGGAUGAGAAGAUGGGAUGGACAAGCUACUUGGAGAGUGAAGCGAGGAGCGAGGAUGAUAUGAAGUAUGAGACACCGGAGCAGAUGGCACGGGCAUUCUUGCAAGAGCGGCUGGAACGGUUGUCGUUGGUGGACAAGCUGGGCUCGGUACAGCCGGAGCUUUCUGCGAAGGAUGAAGAGGUGCAAAGGUUGCAGGACGAGAAGGCACAGAUGCAGGCAGAGAUGGAGAGAUUGCGGAAUGCUGCUACUCCUGCGGUGGCACCUCCUACUGGUGCUGGAGAUGGCAAGGCUCUGAUGCGCCUGCAGCGGCAGAAGAACCUGGUGACGAAGGAAGUGGAGUAUCUGCGUGCUCAGAUGAAGACCUUCGAAGCCGAGGAGGCAGAGUUCAACCCUGAGCAAGUCGACGAGGAGCGAAUGAAGCGGAUACAUGAUAUGGAAGACAUGAUGCAGCAAUACCGCGCGGAGGUCGAGUCGCUACGAAGCGAGCUGUCAAAAGCAGAACCGCAGCAACCGGCGCCCGCAUCACCAAUGAAGCGGGCGAGAGAGGACGAUGCAGAGAACGAGGAGCGACUCGCUGAGAUGCGGCGUCGAGCACGCUCAUUGCAAACCGACAUCGACAAGCUGCAGACACACAACCAAUUCCUGGAAGCAGAGCUGAAGGCCAGCAUAUCACAAAUCGACUCGCUCAAAGAGUCAUCCCGCACACGCACGCUCGAGCUCCGCAACAACCCUACUGCGCAGGCCGAAGCAAUUAAGAUGGCUACGCUCAAGACUCUGCGGGACGAGAACGCUGCGCUUCUCACCCAACUCGAAGGCAAGACUCCAAAGACCAAAGUCGUGCCGGUCAGCACAUUGGACAACAUGCGGCUUCAACUCGACGAGAUGAAAGCGACGAUUGCGCAGAACGAGAAGAAGACACUCCGCCUUAAGCAAAUCUGGGGCAGCAAAUCCCUAGAGUUCCGGGAAGCGGUCUGCUCUAUCUUAGGCUGGAAAUUGGACUUCCAACCUAACGGCCGAGUCAAAGCGAGCUCGAUACUGUAUCCGACGUCCUUCAACGACGGCGAAGAGGAAGAGAACAGCAUCGUCUUCGACGGCGAGGCAGGGACGAUGAAAGUCAGUGGCGGACCGCAGAGCGUCUUCGCCGGCGAGAUAAAGAGUAUGAUUGAGUACUGGGUGGAAGCGAGGAAGGAGAUUCCUUGUUUUCUGGCGGCGUGCACGCUGGAGUUUUAUGAGAAGAGUACGCGGGCGGCGAGGAUGUAG